AGGUCCAACGAGCCCAUUUUAGAACAAAUGUAGGCUGAGAGAUUGGUCAUUCAUUCAUGCAUUCAUUCAUUCGCCCUUCAAUCUCAAGUGCAUCUCCUUGUUUGUGUUUCUAAAAGCUUGCUAUCAACGAAGACGUGUCUUUGGUAGUGAUGACACUGUGAUAGGUCGUCUCGGAGGGAGGAGAUAAGGUGCGCGCCGAAUAACUUCCCAUCGAGCGCGUGUUGUUGUCACGGCAGUAAAUGAACAUGAGCAGCAGCAGAUUUUACUCACGACUGCAAUCAUGUCGUUUUUAUUCCGGUGGUUUCAGAGCGACAUAUCAUCGCACGUUGGAUAGGAUCGAGUUAAUGCUGCCGCCUAAAUUAAGACCUCUCUACAAUCAUCCUGCUGGGCCUAAGACGGUGUUUUUCUGGGCGCCUGUUUUUAAAUGGGGUUUAGUUGUGGCUGGAUUCUCUGAUAUGACCAGGCCCCCAGAAAAGCUCAGUGUCUCUCAGUCCUGCGUCAUUACAGCCACAGGAUUCAUUUGGUCAAGGUACUGCUUGGUUAUCAUCCCUAAGAACUGGGCCUUGUUUGCUGUGAACUUCUUCCUGGGCAUGUGUGGAAGCAUCCAGCUCAUGAGAAUAUGGAGGUACAACCAAGAACUCAAGCUGAAAGGAGAGGAAGUGCCACAGUCUUGAAGCCCCACUUAUUCUGACGAGUGGAGCGGUGAAGUUUUGCUUUGUUACUCUAAAAGCAAUGAAUCUGCAUUUUGCACACAUCAGUCAUGUUAUAUAGAUCAAACAAAUAUGCUAUGUCUGUGUAAAAUAGAGAUUUGUUUUUAAAAAACUUCACAAUCGUUUUGAAUUUUAUCAUGUGAUAUUGAUUGUAAUUUAGAUAUUCUUGAUUGUAUAUUGUAGUGUGUGUUGUCUGAUCCAUAGUUUUAAGGGGUUCAUAUCAUAAGAAUGUAAAACAUUUAAUGGAGGUGUUAUAGGUUAUGUUGUUAUAGGUGUUGCCUUAUAUUGUAUAAUAUUGUUUUUUUGUGCCAGAACAGUCACAAUUGAAAUGCCGUUGAAACAACUAUUGAUGAAAAAAACUGUAUAUAUUUUAUGCCUUUAAGAAACUUUUCUUUGGCUUUACUCACUGCAUUUGCUAUUGCUGUAUCUAAUAUAGAUGUUUAGUUCCUACGUGAUGCAUGUUUUGCAUCGCAGUGUGCUAAAAUGUGCCACAAAUAUCGAAUGUUAAGUAUGAAAUGUCAUGGAUAUUUUUAGGGACUCUAUGUAUUUCUCAUAUUUUUCUAGUACAUCAGGUUUUUUCUCAAAAGAUUAAGGUGCAAUUUGAUUCCUUAUGAUAUGACCCCUUUAAAAUCUAACAGAAAAUGAACAGUCUUUUGAUAAAACAUCCUCUUACACUGUAUGCUAAAUCGCUGUUGCAUUUUUUUGCAUUAGCGACUGAGAUGAACAAAUGCAGUGAGCAAAGGUCAUUUGCUAGUCACAUACAGGAAUAGACAGACUUUGUCCUUUAUGGACAGAACAGACACACAAUGAUAGAAUGUUUUAAAGUGUAUAGUUCUAGUGCUUUUGCGCAUACAAUAAUACUGAUGUAUGUCAGUGUAGGCAUUAAUUAAAAUAAAGUCAAAAUAACAUGGA